UCUUUGAAUCAUGGAAGAGAAUUCGCAUUUUUCCCAUAUAAUUUACAAAAAUGAUCCCUUAUUAUUUAAGAGUUACGUUGGUAAAGAAGUGAACAUUUCAACUGAAGAUAAUAACACGAUUUCUGGUAUUGUUUAUACGGUUGAUCCGGUAUCAGAAAGUAUUGUACUCCUACAAGGCUGCCAACAAAAUAAUUUAAAAAUUGUAUUUGGUCAUGCGAUAAAAAAUAUAGAGAUCUCUCCAAACCAAUUAUGCGAAUUACCACAAUUGUUUAUGAACGCGCCAACAAGUAUUCUUCGAUCGACAGUAGAGAAGCGAAAAAGUGCUGUGAUAAAAUUAUUGCAAGAAAAUAGAUUCCCCGUAAAAGAACAGAACGACAUUUUAACAAUAGAAAAUGUACUUUCAAUAAAACCACCGUAUGAACCCGCCGAUUGCAUUUGCGAUAAUAGCAUUAUCUUGGGAAGAAUUCAAAAUCUUCUUUCCCGUAUACAAAUUUGAUGUACCGACGUUUCCUAACAAUAUUUUACUUCUUCUUUAAUUAAUUAAUGAAAUAAUAGUGUUAUAUUAAUAAGAAUAAUACAAAUUGUAUUAAAAAGAUUGCUUUAUUUUUUUUAAUUUGAAUUAUAUUUCUUUUUUACCAUAAAAUAUUUUAUUUUUCGCACGUAUCAUAUCGUCUAAAAUAAAGUUUCGCUUAGUAUACAUAAAUCAAUCGCAGAUGAAAGUGUUUCAUUUACAAUUGAAUUCAAUAUUAAUAUAGAUACAUAAUAUUAAUUUCAUUUCUUCCGUUAUUUUAAAUUUAUAUCAUUAAGCUACAUUCUUUUCAAUCUAAAUAUAAAAUAUGAUUUUAAAUAUAAAUUAGAUCAAAACGACAAUUUCUUAGAAACUAUUUGCAAUUAAGGUGAAACAAAAUAUAUGUUGUUGCUUUUUAAAAAGUAUAUAAUUCAGUUGAUGCUCUAAAUAGAAAAAUGAUAUUAAAAAAUUUGUGCAGCUAGUCUGAUAAUGUGCAAUUCUUUACAAAAUCAAAUACUUAAUCAUAUGAUAUUAUAUCGUUCUAAAAAUAAAAAAACAAUAUAUGAAAUUAUCACUUCUGAAAACGUGCGCCUUUUGCAGAAAAUAAAGUAUAAAAUGCUUUAUUUUCUUUUUUGGACAUGACGCUCGUCUUAAAAGAAGAAAUGCAGACUGGAAAGAAAGCUAUAAAACUAUUUAAAACAUUAUUAAAAAAAAUAAAUUUUUAAUCGUAGUAUCGUAGUAUAAAUUUGUAUAAUAUUUAAGUGAGAAAAAACAUUAUAUUUUGUCAUCUUAAAUUUAAACCCUCUUGCUGUAAUAACCGGAGAUAAUUUAUCACUUGCGAUAAAUUCAAAGUAUUAUUUCCGGUGUUUGUUGCGCAUAGAUGUGUAUCUUUUGCAUUAAAUAUGUCAAGUACUUACCUUAACUGUUCGUUGCGUAUAUGUAUUUGCGUGUAUGCGUGAACUUUCUUAAACAUAUAAUGGAAAGUAAAUAAAUUUACAAAGCUCUAUGCUGUUGCAUACCUCGUAAUACUAAGGUAUUUGCCAUAGCAAUAGGGAUUAAAUUUUGAUGUAAAAGCUUAAUAUGAAGUAAAUGCAAUUUUGGUAGUGCGGUGUAGAAUUCAUCAAAGAGCUUCCAAAUAUCUUCAGUAAAAUCUUGGUUCGAUCUUUUCCCUUCUUUUAGAAAAAUAUCGAAC